UCUGGAACUUCUGACCUCAGGUGAUCGACCAGCCUCGGCCUUCCAAAAGGAAUUUAGGUACUUUAAAAUGCUGUUAUGUAUGUUAACGGAAAAGUAACUACAUGCUUCGUUUUCAGAACCAACCACAUUCAAAUGAAAUGAGCGUGUCGAACCGACAAAAGCUCAAAAAAAAAAAAAAAGAAAAGAAAAACAUAUAAUUCUUAAAAGUGGUUAAUAUACUCUUAGAUUGCAUAACCCUGGUGGCAGUCUGAGUCCUGAUUUUCUUUUAAGCUCCCAAGACUCCAAAAUACCUGCUCAUUACAAGUCUGUUCAGUGACAACAUUCAGUAAAACUUAACAUUUGUUUUACAAAAUUAUAUUGAAAUAUAUAAACGAACGCGUAUUUUAAGCACAAAAAUACGGCUUUUUUGGAAGCGGAGCUAACCAUUUCCGUAGAAAAGCAGAUGCAAUCAAUCUCUCCUGGGUUUUGUCCUCCCCACCUCUGAUUUUUGACAAACCGAAUAAGGACACUCACUACUGAAUACUUUUCUGACUCCCUAUUGUAUCACAAACGCCUGCAGGGGCUUAAAAAGCAGCAAGCGUUCCCGCCCUUCCCCACAGACCGGUGUGGUCUGGGGCGGGCCUGAGCACCUGGAUUUUCACCCAGCGUGCUGGUAAUUCCUACACUUGUGUGUGUUUGAGAGACAUAAAGAAGAGAGGAUGACCUCUUCCCGGAAGCGGGACUUCCAUAAAAGAACCGUCGGGGGCGGGUCCCGGGCACCUGUGGUUUGGUGAGUCCCCCAGGUGACUGUGAUGCGCAGGUCAGGGGUGGAGGCACCCGGAAGCUCCCGCGGUCUGCACCCCAGCAGCGCGAGGAAAUGCCCAAAGAAACUAUAGUGACACUGAAACUGAAGGAGAGAUUUUUAAUUCCUUAGUGCAAUACUUUGGUGAUAAUUUGGGGCGAAAAGUUAAAGCGAUGCCAUUAGUUGAAGAAACUUCUUUACUGGAAGAUUCAUCAGUGACUUUUCCUGUGGUAAUAAUAGGAAAUGGACCCUCAGGAAUAUGCCUUUCUUAUAUGUUAUCAGGCUACAGACCAUAUUUAUCAUCAGAAGCAAUACACCCAAAUACAAUCUUAAAUAGUAAAUUAGAAGAAGCAAGACAUCUUUCCAUUGUUGAUCAGGACUUAGAAUACUUGUCUGAGGGCCUUGAGGGCCGAUCAUCCAAUCCAGUUGCAGUGCUUUUCGACACACUUCUUCAUCCAGAUGCUGACUUUGGGUAUGAUUAUCCAUCCGUUUUGCAUUGGAAAUUAGAGCAACAUCAUUAUAUCCCUCACUUAGUUCUUGGUAAAGGUCCACCUGGUGGAGCUUGGCAUAAUAUGGAAGGCUCCAUGUUGACAAUCAGCUUUGGAAGUUGGAUGGAGCUACCUGGACUUAAAUUUAAGGACUGGGUAUCAAGUAAACGAAGGAACCUAAAAGGGGAUCGAGUUAUGCCAGAGGAAAUAGCUCGCUACUAUAAACAUUAUGUAAAAGUCAUGGGUCUUCAGAAGAAUUUCAGAGAGAAUACUUACAUAACUUCCGUAUCAAGACUCUACAGAGAUCAAGAUGAUGAUGAUAGUCAAGACAGAGAUAUUUCAACAAAGAUAGAGAAGUCAAACUUUAUCAAGAGAAACUGGGAAAUUAGGGGUUAUCAGCGAAUAGCUGAUGGUUCUCAUGUUCCCUUCUGCCUCUUUGCUGAGAAUGUAGCACUGGCAACUGGAACGUUGGAUUCUCCUGCCCAUCUGGAAAUUGAAGGGGAAGAUUUUCCUUUUGUGUUUCAUUCAAUGCCUGAAUUUGGAGCUGCUAUAAACAAAGGAAAGUUGCGUGGCAAAGUGGAUCCAGUGUUAAUUGUAGGUUCUGGGCUUACUGCUGCUGAUGCAGUACUGUGUGCUUACAAUAGUAAUAUCCCCGUGAUUCAUGUGUUUCGCAGACGAGUAACUGAUCCAAGCUUAAUUUUCAAACAGCUUCCCAAAAAGCUGUAUCCUGAAUAUCAUAAAGUUUAUCAUAUGAUGUGUACUCAGUCAUACUCUGUAGACUCAAGUCUUUUAUCUGAUUAUACCAGCUUUCCUGAGCACCAUGUGCUUUCCUUUAAGUCGGACAUGAAAUGUGUUCUCCAAAGCAUUUCUGGAUUGAAGAAAAUAUUUAAGCUGUCUGCAGCAGUAGUAUUGAUAGGUUCUCAUCCUAAUCUGUCUUUUCUGAAGGAUCAAGGGUGUUACCUAGGCCAUAAGUCAAGCCAACCAAUCACAUGUAAGGGUAAUCCUGUGGAAAUAGAUACAUUCACCUAUGAGUGUAUAAAAGAAGCCAACCUUUUUGCAUUGGGUCCUUUGGUUGGAGACAAUUUUGUUCGAUUUUUAAAGGGAGGGGCACUGGGUGUUACACGCUGUUUAGCUACAAGACAGAAGAAAAAGCAGCAUUUGUUUGUUGAAAGAGGAGGAGGAGAUGGGAUAGCUUAAAGCAAGUUUACAAGUAAUUAAAAUGGACAGUUUGCUGUUAAAAGAUUUUUAAUAGUGGUUUUGCAGUGUGCUGGCUUGAAUUUUCUGGACUUGAGUUAACUGAAGGAGAGCCUCAAACUAUAGUAACUUCAUUUUUAAAAGUUACUAGAAUUUGGUAUCUUGAUUUAUAUUGUAAUGUUUCAAAGGUGUCAGUGUCAGACAAACAGAAACACUGCCAACUUGGUGUAUCUUAAGCUUUCACUUAACUAAAACAUUCUUUUCUUCCAAAACUUACUUUUCGUGAUCGUUUUUGGUUAUUUAUUAUACUCAAUUCCAAAACAGUACAGCCUUGAAUCUAUAAAACUGUGCAGUCAUUAUGCCAGAAAUUAUCUUAAAUAUAUAAUGGGCCACCUUGCUGUUCAAAGGGUGGUGCAAGGUCCUGCAGCAUCUUCAUCUGUAGCUUGUUAGAAAUGGGCCCUACAGCUUACUUCCUGCAUUUUAACAAGAUCCCCAAGGGAUAUGUAUGCUCAUAAAAAUUUGAGACACACUGUGUGUUAAAUGAAAAUGAUAUAAGGUAUGUAUACUGGGGGUGGGGUGAGGGUAGGAGGCAUUUACAACUCAGAUUUUAUUUAUUUUGAAAUUAUCAAUUGUAUAAAUCUAAUUUAUUACCAAAUAGGGUCUUUUAAAAAAUAUUUUUAUUGUUGAAACCUUGACAGGUACUUCAUAUUCUAAUAAUUUCAACAGUCCAAUAAUGUGUUAUACACUUUGACAUCCAAGAACUCACCAAGAUAUUUUUCAGAGAUUUAUUCUAGAUUUAACUAUCAUAGCAUUUAACGAGUCUGAUUUGUAGUUCAAUAAAUUGUGGGUUGAACUACUUAUCCCUGUGUGAACACUGAAUUACUUUCUGUCACUGAAACUAAGGUAUUUGGGUGUGGUAAGUACUUCUAAAAUUGUUAUACUGUUUGGGCAUUGUCUGAAUUAUUAAAGGUUAAAAUAAAAAUAAAGUCAACAUUUUUCUUUUCCAUUCCAAAGGUGUACUUAGAGAUCUAUAAUAGUAUUCAUUGGAGAUGACAUAGCAGCUCAUAUCAUGGUUUAUUGGAUUUAUGUGUUCUAAUUAUCUUUAUAUAAGUGUGUUUACUGUCUGUGUUUUCACACAAACCGCUAGAAUUUUUAAUGUUAAGACGAAAACAUCUUCUGAAGUUCUCCAUUGCAAAUUGAAUUUUUCAGUCAUUUUCUCUUUUAUUUUUUGGUACAAUUACUUCAUCUGGAAUGUCUUCAUUGAACUUCUCGUUAUUCUGUUUUUCUUAGAAUUAAAAGUGGAUUACGUGUGUUUUUCUGUUCAUUUUAUUGCAGUAUUAAAUGCUUAGCUUAUUACGACCAUAAUUCACUAUACAAAUAUUAUUGUAUAGAAUAUAUUUGCGUCAUCAACUAAUUGUUUCAGACGAAUUCUUAGACUCUUGAUAACAUCACACCUAAUUUAACUUGAUUUUACAAGCUGUACAAUCCAGUUUUAGUUUUCUAUUGUGAUAACUUUUUUCAAACCAGUUUCACAUCUUAAUGAAAUAACAUUCUCUGACUGCACUUGCUUCAGUACUCUCUUGCUUGCCUGUUUUUGACCUCUGCAUGAGUUGGAUUAGAUGUUUUUCUUACUGUCACUUCUAAAUAGAAAAUGACAGUGUUAUAAAAAAGGGAAGGAUAAAACCUUUGACAUCCCCUUGUGUCUCAAAAGUCCACACUUAUUCAAACAAUGGCUUUUUUGUGAUGAGGGUAUUUGUUAAAAAAAAAAAAGAGAGAGCGACUUCGAGAAAAAUAAAGGUUCAGUGGAGCUGCAGAUAAA